GCCUACAAACAAUUCAAAACACCAGCCACUUGUUGACUGUUGUCUUCGACGCCCAAUCGCCCACACAGGUGACCCCACCAAUUUUGAUGACUGUACCUGCGAUUUGAGUUGAUUGUUGGGUGGGCUGGGCGCGUUUGUAACCUAAGAAAUUCAUCAUCGAUCAAAACAAACACGAAAAUCUCUUUUACUUUGCGGAAGUUCGCGGAAUGUUAUAGUGGCAGUCGGUGCGGCACCGAGGGUGCAGAUAUUUACGAGACAAAAUGUGGUGGUUUUACGUAUUUGCGGUCUGUUUGGCCGCGGUGGGUGUGAACGGCCAGUACGAAUGGCAGCAAAGGGACCCUUUCGACGAAGUCAGCAGGGCCAUGAGAAAAAUAAACAAGGAUAAUUGCGAAAUUCAACAUCUCGAAGAACUUUAUUUGCCCGAAAAUGCCGUAUCACAUUUGCCCGACAUCAAAGACGUUAACGUGAAUCCAGUGUUCCCCAACAGGACGCAGCUAUUGCACCUGCACAACAUGGCCCUAAACAGGGCGUUUUUCUGGAGCUACAUCCUCCAAAGUAGGUUCAUCAGACCCGCAAUCAACGACACGUACGACCCUGGAAUGAUGUACUAUUUGCUUUCAACGGUCGCAGACGUAUCUACGAAUAUGCACGUAAACGCUAGUGCGGUAUAUUUUUCCCCCAACAUGUCCUAUUCCUCUUCAUACAGAGGAUUCUUCAACAAAACUUUCCCGAGAUUUGCACCCAGGACUUUCAGAGCUGAUGACUUUAACGACCCCAUUCAUCUAGAACGGAUAUCAACCCUAAACACAUUCACUGUACAUGACCUAGGUGCCAUAAAGCCAGACACAAGCAAUGACUACACUUCUGACUACUACAGGAUAAAUGAGUGGUACAAGAAGUGGCUACCAGACAAUGUUAUAGGCCGGCAUGAUACCAAAACCACCUACCAAGUGGAGAUUCGAUAUGCCAAUAACACAAAUGAAACUUAUACAUUCCAUGGGCCUCCCGGUGCCGACGAAAAUCCGGGACCAGUCAAAUGGACCAGGCCAUAUUUUGACUGUGGCAGAUCCAACCGAUGGUUGGUGGCUGCUGUUGUUCCCAUUGCUGAUAUAUACCCAAGACACACUGGUUUUAGACAUAUAGAAUACCCUACAUAUACUGCAGUAUCUGUUGUUGAAAUGGACUUUGAAAGGAUAGAUAUAAAUCAGUGUCCUCGAGGAAUGGGUAACAUAGGACCAAACAUGUUUGCGGAUACGGCUCGAUGUAAAAAGGAAACAACCGAGUGCGAACCUUUACAUGGCUGGGGAUUUCGAAGAGGAGCCUAUCAGUGUCGUUGUCGACCUGGAUAUCGACUGCCCCUACAAGUUAGACGACCUUAUCUUGGAGAAAUAGUGGAAAGAGCCACGGCGGAACAAUACUACAACGGCUUUGACUGCAUGAAAAUAGGAUGGAUUCAAAAGAUGCCGGUACAGUGGGAGAAGUCUCAGCCCUAUUUGCGAAAUUUGGUGCUGGACAGACACAGGGAAUAUUUGAACGCUCCAUACGGACCUCAGUCAAUGCGCCAACCGAAAAUCAACAUCCACCGAGUGCUCGACUUCAUUUUGAACAUGAACAAAGACAAGUGCAAGGAGUACAAACCUGAGGAUCUUCGCCUAGACGGUGGUGUCAUGUUCGGAGCCGAAGAGUUUUUCCAAAACGAGGCGAAAAUGGCUUUGCGUCUAGCCAACUUCAUCAGUGCCUUUUUGCAAGUCUCCGAUCCCAAAGAGGUGUAUUCGGGUAAACGAGUGGCCGAUAAACCUCUAACGGAGGAUCAAAUGAUCGGUGAGACGCUGGCCAUCGUCCUCGGCAACAGCAGAGUGUGGUCGGCGGGUACGUACUGGGACAGAAACAAGUUCACCAAUCGUACGUUGUUCGCACCAUACGCAUACAAGAAGAUACUCAGUCCGCGAAAACUGAACGUGGAAGAUCUUGCACGUUUGAACAAAUCCGAGGAAGUGUAUCUGAAUAAGGAGUGGUUUAGGUUUUUGAAACAAAGGUGGGCCUCCAAUUUUGAUAAUUUAGAAAAGUUCUACAUGAAGAUUAGAUUGCGUUUCAACGAGACCGGCGAAAAUACAAUGAAAUUUGAGCACUUCCCCAAUUAUUACCGCGGCGCAAAACUUGAGCACGGAUAUUGGACCGCCCCGUACUACGAUUGCCAUGGGAAGGUGCCCAUGUGGAAGAUCAAAUAUGUGGCACCGUUUUUCGGGUGGGACAGUCUCAAAGUGAAGUUGGAAUUCAAGGGCGUGGUGGCUGUUACAAUGGAUAUGUUAAAAUUGGACAUAAAUCAGUGCGCAGAUAAAUACUACGUUCCCAAUAUGUUUAAGGAUACUAAUAAAUGCGACGCCAAAACAUCAUAUUGUGUUCCAAUUUUGGGUCGAGGUUUUGAAUCAGGAGGAUACAAAUGCGAAUGUAAACAAGGUUUUGAGUAUCCAUUUGAGGAUCAAAUUACUUACUAUGAUGGUCAGUUGGUAGAGGCUGAAUUCAGCAAUUUGGUAGACAACAAUGAGACCCGUUUUAACAUGUUCAAAUGCCGCCUGGCUGGUGCUGGCGGCAUUCAGGCGAGCAUUUUUACUAUUUUACUGAUGUUAUUUCUUAGUUUUGGUUUUUACGGUAGAUAAAUCGAUUUACAUAGUUUUAUAGAAUUUAUACGGAAUACCAAAUUAUUUUACAAGAAGCCUUGUGAAUAUUUUAUCUCAAAGACUAACUUAAAAUGUAUGUUUCAAAGGCCAAAUCAGAUAUUAACAGUAAGCACAAACUUACAUUGAAUAUGCCGUCCACAUUUUUAUACAAAUAUUUUUUAAUGAUAUAGGUGAUAUAUAUUUACUGAUAUUAAUUUCGUCCAUAAAUUUGUUGUAAAUUAUAUUGUAUCGUACUAUAGGCCGAGAUGCAAUUUUAUUUUAUAUGGAAUUUAUGUAUAUAAAUUGUUGUGUUCAUCCAAAAAUUAUAUAUAAGAAUUUAUGUAGAAAUUGUACCAUAUAACUGGAUAAAUUUCUGGUGCAAAGUACAAAAUAGUAUUACUAGUUCUCUACUUUUAUGUUAUUCUGAAAGUAAUUUCUAAUUGAAAACAUAUAUCUGAUAUUAAUCAAGAAUUUUAUUAACACACUAUAGGCGGGUAGCAAAAUAGUCUAAACUAAGUUGUUGAAUGAUAACAAAAAAUAAGAGAUAAUUCUUUCAGUUCCGUAUGUAAACCAAUAGAGUAAAAUUAUCUCACCCCGCUUUUAAAGUAAGUACAUUCUAAAAGGUAAAAAUUACCCGGCCCUUUAACAAUCAACAGUUCUCGAGACGGGUAUUUUUACCCGACCCGCUUAUAGUGUGUUAAUAUUAUCAGUCUUAAAGAUUUUGAUUAAAUUUUAUGCCGUCCAUUUUCUACCUUUUUAUAUAUGUGUUAUGUAAUUACAGUGUAUAAAUAUUGUUUUUACUAUGUUUAAAAACUCAUAUUAGAUAUGUAUGUGAAUAUGUUUUAAUAAAGUCAAAGUGAAUGUUGAUUAUAAA